AUAAGUACAGUAUUCAUCCGCCAUGAGUAUAAAAAAGUAGGUGCCACCUCUUUUACCAAAAAAAAAAACAAUUGAUGCAGUGCGGCGGCAACAGAAAUAAAAAUUAAAUGAUGUGUUUGAUCAACCGGAAGGCUGUGUGCAUGCAGUAGGUAGGUCGAGAGAGCAGGGGAAGCCGAAAAGCUUCAAUUCUUCAAUGGAGGAAAAUACGCCGGAAACUGAAAUGGGAAGGCGCACGAAAACUGAGCUUCAGGGCGGUCGCCUGCGGAAGGCGGCGGAGAAAAGCCGGAUUGAAUCAAAGCAUAUGUGGGAGAUCGCAGCCCCUGCUAUUCUCACUGCCAUCUCCCAGUUCUCCAUUGGCUUCGUCACUACCGCCUUCGUCGGCCACCUGGGCAACACCGAACUCGCCGCCAUCUCCAUUUCUCAGAACGUAAUCGAAGGCUUCGUCUACGGGAUCAUGCUUGGGAUGGGAAGUGCUCUGGAGACACUUUGUGGGCAAGCGGUGGGGGCUGGGCAGGUUAAUAUGCUGGGAAUCUACUUGCAGAGGUCAUUCAUCAUCACCGGAAUCACAGCGUUGUUUCUAACCCCUGUUUAUGUCUUCACAUCGCCAUUGUUGAAGCUCAUUCAUCAGGAUAAAUCCAUUUCGGAGCUCGCCGGGAAGUACACCAUUUGGGUGAUCCCUCAAUUGUUUGCGUAUGCCUUCAACUUUCCCAUACAGAAAUUUCUUCAAGCUCAGAGCAAAAUCUGGGUCAUGACUAUAAUUUCUGUGGUGGCUUUGGGGUUUCAUGUUUUGCUCAAUUGGGUUCUUGUAACCAAGCUCGGCCAUGGCCUUGCUGGGGCUGCCAUUGCUGGGGACAUCUCAUGGUGGCUUGUGGUUUUGGCUCAGAUGGUCUAUGUGGCUUCUGGGUUUUUCCCAGAUGCAUGGACUGGUUUUUCUUUUCUGGCAUUCAAAUCUUUGGCUGCUUUUGUGAAGCUUUCCCUUACCUCAGCCAUAAUGUUGUGCCUGGAGCUGUGGUAUUACACUCUUGUGAUCCUCAUGGUGGGCUGGUUAAGAAAUCCAGAGAUGGCAGUGGAUGCCAUUUCAAUCUGCAUGAACUUGCAACUUUGGACUUUGAUGAUUACUCUUGGUUUCAAUGCUGCAGUAAGUGUUCGUGUUUCUAAUGAACUCGGAGCUGGACAUCCGAAUGCUGCAAAAUUCUCAGCAGUGGUGGCUACUGUAACUUCAACCCUAUUUGGAAUUGUGUUCACAGCUGCAAUUCUAGCAGCUAAGAGCUACUUUCCGGAAAUGUUCACCGGGAAACCUGAUUUAAUAAGGGAAACAUCCAAGCUGGGAUAUUUUCUGGCUGCAACUAUUUUCCUGAAUAGCAUCCAACCCGUUCUUCAUGGGGUGGCAGUGGGUGCUGGCUGGCAGUCUUUAGUUGCAUUGAUAAACGGUGGGUGCUAUUACAUGUUUGGGAUUCCUGUUGGUGCUUUGCUUGGUUACAAGUUCGAUCUUGGCGCUAAGGGGAUCUGGUCGGGAAUGUUAGCUGGUUGCUUGGUGCAGACAGUUGUUCUAAUCUUAAUUAUGUUCCGAACCAACUGGCAUAAAGAGGCUUUGCAGGCUAAGGAGCGUAUGCGAGCGUGGGGUGGUUCACCAGAGGCCCAACCUGAUGGAGCAGAAAUGGUUUUGAGAACAUCCAAUUAAGGCAAACUGAGGAAAUCAUUAAACCUUCUCAAAAUUUUCCCUAUGAAAAAAGAAUGUUGAUGCAACAUUAGAUGAGCACUUCAACUAUCCGCGAAAAAUAACAGAAGAAUCCCUUAGAAGUGAGACGAUUGCUGUAAUGGACUCCUCUGUUCUCAAACCUAAGCAUUUGGGCUCAUAGUAACUGCUCUACUGAGCUUCCACCAUCAAUGCUAGUUUCAGUUUUAUACAGUUC